CUGCGACAUCAUCAACAAACGACAAACAUCACAAACAGGAUCCAGGAGGGGCUCAAAGGUGAUCAAGGUGAUCGAUGAUUCGGCCAUCAUCAGACUAGCAUGUCAGCCUGAGCUCCUUCUCGACCUCCCUUCACGUCUUUACUAGCUACACAUCGCACGGAAUCCACAUCCAAGCCAAAAAGGAGAGAUCUCAACCCGUACAUACCCGCUACGGCCGGAUUGACACAGCAGGAAACAAUCUGAAACCCGUUCAGGUGUUGCUGUCCUCUACGAGUCAGCGUUGAUAGAGGCUGAAAUGCAUCCUCAGAGGACUAGGUCUACUCGGCUCGGCGGUAACAACGCCUCUCAACCGCUAGGUUCGCCGAUUCAUCCUACCAAGUAUCCAUUGUCGCCCUCGUCGUCUAUAAGGAGUAAUGGCGGUAAAGGAACGCUUGAAGCGGGUGCGGGGUCGGUAGCAGACUUGGACUAUUCUGGCAGGGCAUCAUCUCUAGGAAACUCUGUUCCAUAUGAGCCGCCAAAGUUCCGAACAUUCCAGGAGAGAAAGAAGGAAAAAGACAGGCAACUCGCUCUCGCUGCGGGUCGCGAAUGGCAUGACCCUGACGUCCCGACGUCGAGUUCCGUCGCAGAGCUUGCUCAGGAGUUGGUUCAUCACUCUCGACCGGAAUAUCCGACGUCGAUGAAAUCAUCCCUGUCGAUGCCUUCGCCUAGGAGUCCUACUCCCAACUGGCCUGGACGGGAGCCAUCGAUAAUCUUGCCAGGCGUUGGCGUACCUUUGGCUCCCGCCAAUAUCCUCUCAUCAGAUAUCGCAACGGUCCGUCCGAACAAUGCUCGAAGGCCGUUGCCGUCGCCAACCCAGCGAACAAAUUCAAUAUCAAGCGAUAUUGCUCUCAGCGCGCACAAUUUCAGGGAGAGCGGGCUACCAAGGGCACAGGGUCCGCCUGAACCCAGCGUAGUCACCAUCGCCAGGUCCCCCAUUAAGCCAGAACCCCCUGCACGAAGCUAUCCAGACGGUGUUCCGACUUCUGCGCCCAAUAAUACAAGACGGCUCCCAAAGCCAAAAGCUUCGGUCUCAUCCAUCCGACAGCAGAUCGAACAAACAACGCUUGCCAAUGGCGAGACCCCCGAACCGUUGUCGGCUGCUCGUGCGCCAGGUGGCAGUGCAAGCAUUGAUUACGGUCCCGUUUGGCGGCGGGAUGCCUUCAACAGGACAGACACCGUUACCUCGGUCAAGUCUCUUGAUCGAUACGGUGCAUGUCAGCCGACCGAACGGCCGCUGCCGAUGCCUCCCGUAGGGGUAGGGUCGAGCAGGAGCCUCGACAGGAAACCGGUCGCGGUGUCUCCGAUGACAACGACUCCGAGUAUCGGGAGGUCGUCUCCCUCUGUUGGACUGCCUUCGGUUUCGGUUCAAGCGUCCGCUGACGGGGCUGCGCCGUACAGAUCGAGUACCGAGACAUAUAAGGUGCCUGGAGGCCGCGCAUGUCCCCCUGACCUUCCAGCAAUCGUGGCCCCUAGCGAUACCGAAACUGGCGACUCACGGGAUGAUCAUGUGGAAGUCCCCGCUCGCAUCCCUUCACCCAUGAGAUCGUAUUCAUACUCGACCGUUCCAAAGAUCUCGGUCGCAAGUAUGGCCACCGAGGAUUUCGACACUAUGCCAGCAAACAUACCUGGUAUCGUGCUCCCAGGUGGAGGGGAUGGCGUGAGCGACAUUGUCAUUUCGUUUGGGGCUCCCGAGGUACCUGCCAUCGUCAUGCCCGAGGACGAGCAGCCUUCGUCGUCGGAGAGAGCGCGCGAGCCGCCGGUUCAGCGAUCAGGCCCAGGCAUAUUUUGCGAGAGAUGCGACACCGCGAUCAUCGGCCGUAUCGUCUCCGCAAUGGAUAAGCGAUGGCAUCCCGCUUGCUUCCAAUGUUCAACGUGUCGGACGCUCUUGGAACAUGUGAGCAGCUACGAACACGACGGCAAAGCUUAUUGUCAUAUGGAUUACCACGAUCUAUUCGCACCCAAAUGCCAUUAUUGCGAGACUGCGAUCGUGGACUCGCGGUACAUUACAAUCGACGAUCCGGCUCUCGGACACCGCUACUACCACGAACUUCACUUCUUCUGCGGAGAGUGUGGAGAUCCAUUCUUGGAUCCUUCCAAGUCGUCGUCCGCUGGUACCGAGUUCAAUAAGGGGGCCGAUUCGAAGCAAGAAUCGGAUGACCUGACAAAGGAGUUUAUUAUCAACGGCAAGCAUGCCUUUUGCGUGGAAUGUGACGUCAAGCUGCACAGGCCUAAAUGUGCUGGUUGCCGCAAGCCGAUCAGGGACGAGGCUUUGGGAGCGAUGGGAGCCAAGUGGCAUAAAGAGUGCUUCUGCUGUGCACAAUGCGACGCAUCUUUUCCAAAUGGGACGUUCUUUCCGAUGGACGACGAGCCGUUUUGCCAGGAUUGCUACACUGCUAGCCUGCAGAAUGGCCGAUAGGAGGCAUAGAAACGAAUCACGGCACCCGCCUGACUGAUCACAGAGUUCCACUUUGCCGGCGGGCUGUCGAAUUAGGAGAAGACUCACGACAGACCUUGCCUUGAUACCACUCAUGAAUGACGAUAUCGACGAGUUGGAUAUUGAACGAUUAUACAACAUGACGCGCAAGUGACAUCUGCGCAACGACAUUA